AUGUCAUUGCAAGCUACAACUUUUGGAAGCUAUGACAUUAGGAAACGAGACAAUGUAUUUGAGCCAAGUUCAAACGAAAGUUCUAACAACAUAAAUCAAAGCGAAGAGGAGGGGCAUAAUGGAAAAUGGCCGCCAUUGGGUUGUGAAGCUGUUUCUAACGACUGUAAAUCAUCAGUUCAAUUGCGCAAACCACAGGUAAACAUGACGAUCGACAACAAUAUGAACUUUGAGACUGAUAACAAGGGUUUUUCUGGUCCUGCUUCUGGCGAUAUAAGCUCAGACAUGAACUCUUUGAAUCAUAUAUUGCCUAAAAAUCAAAUCAGAAAUAGCGGGCAGGCAACAGAUACUAGUUGUGAUCAUAAUGUUUCCGAUGAUGCCAACGUCCCAGUGUGUAAAAACUGUUUAACCUCUACAACACCUUUAUGGAGAAGAGAUGAGCAUGGAGCUGUUCUUUGUAAUGCUUGCGGCUUGUUUUUGAAGCUGCAUGGGAAGCCUAGACCAAUUAGCUUGAAAACAGAUGUAAUAAAGUCCCGAAAUAGAAAAAGUAAUACAAAUCAUGCACAUAAUUUGGAUAAUUUUCGGAAUCAAACAUUAAUUGCAGAGCUUAAAAGCGAAGGAACUAUAGAAUCAAGCAAUCGCAAAGUCAGCAAAUCUUCAGUUGAAGGUAAAAAGAAAAAAUCCUCUCAAUCUUCAAUUGGGUCGCCAUCCGGAGAGAAGGUUUCCAAAAAAUCCAAGACGGAUCCGAAAGAUAAGAAUAAUUCUCACCUAUCAGCAAAAAAAUUGGAAGUGCUUAUGUCUGGAGAUUCUUCGAGGCCGAAGCUAAAGCCAAAAUUAUCAAAACAGGACGCUACCAUUCACCAGGAGAAAUUACUUACUUUUCCAAGUUAUACAGAUAUCAAGGAAUAUUCAAAUUCUUCUGUUAAGUCAGCUUCCAAUAAAGAACUGCCACAAUUUGGCGCAAGUUCUCUUCCGCCUAAUGCGGUAGCAUCAAAAACAGGCGCGGAUUCUCCCCAACUACCUCACUUAUCAAUGCUUCUCGGUAGUUUAAAUAGUACCUCAAUAUCAAAUAACAUGAGUGAGACAGUCUCCAACAGCAACAACGGUAUCGUUUCGACUGCUGCAACUCUGGCGCCGACUUCUUCACGGACAACGGACUCUAAUCCAUCCGAUAUACCGAAUCAAAUCAGGUCCACAAUGUCUUCACCAGAUAUAAUAUCCGCGAAGCGCAGUGAUCCAACCUCCUUAUCAUUCCAUAUGGCCUCUAUCAACGACAUGUUGGAGACCAAGGAGCCUGUAAACAGCAAUGUGAAAACUGAGGGUACGCCACCUCAUCUCAUACCGUUGAUACAGUCCUCCAAGGUUCCAUACUUAUCUACAGCACAUUCUUUAUCGGUUUCAAACGGUAUUUGCAGGUCAGAUGUCACCUCUGAACGGAACCUAACAGGUCAUCCAAUCAAAGCUUUAAACGGUCCUUUAUCCACCAAGUUACACAAAGAAGAAGAAAUAAUAAAGCUGAAGACUAGAAUCAAUGAGUUAGAACUCGUAACAGAUUUAUAUAGGAGGCAUAUCAACGAAUUAGAUGGGAAAUGCCGAGGUCUUGAAGAGCGUUUAGAAAGGGCAGAAAAACGAAAAGGGGAUAAAAGCAGGUAG